CACUCAGUCGAAACCUCUCUUGUGGCUCAUUUGUAGUCUACAGCUGACGUUUUUUCUUUUUUUGUCUUUUCAGGAACCAUGACAGAUGAGGACGCGUUUCUUCCGGUGCAGGAGUACUUUGACUUUGAUCCAGCAUGGAUUCCGAUGGACCCGGGUUUUGCUGCUGUGUCACACCCAAACACACAUCGUAUAGAAGGACCUUGUCUCCAAAUUACAGAACAACCCAAGCAGCGGGGCUUCAGGUUUCGUUACGGCUGCGAGGGCCCGUCUCACGGCGGACUACCAGGAGCCUGUAGCGAGAAGAACAGGAAGACGUACCCUCAGGUUAAGAUCUGUCAUUAUCAUGGUCCAGCACGCAUCGUGGUCCAGCUGGUGACCAACACCAAACAGCCGCAUCUGCACGCGCACAGCCUCGUGGGUAAACAAUGCGACAAGGGCAUCUGCAUAGCCGACCUUCAACCCAAAGACUCCUCCAUCAGUUUCCCUAACCUGGGUAUCCUUCAUGUGACUAAAAAGAACGUGAGUAAAACUCUGGAGGAGAGGAUGAGUGAAGCGUACAGGCUAGGUUACAACUACGGCGUGGUAAUCCAUCAGGAAAUCGACUCCUUCCAAGGAGAAACACGCCUUCCCAGAGAGCUCACAGAUCAUCAAAGAAAUCUGAUCUGCAAUGCCGCAGCUAACCAGGCCAAAGACAUGGACUUGAGUGUUGUAAGGCUCAUGUUCACUGCCUUUCUGCCGGACAGCGAGGGCGGCUUCACCCGCAGACUCGAACCUGUCAUAUCCGAGCCCAUCUACGACAGCAAAGCCCCGAACGCUUCGAACCUGAAGAUCGUGCGGAUGGAUCGCACUGCAGGGUGUGUGACGGGCGGGGAAGAAGUCUACCUGCUCUGUGACAAAGUUCAGAAAGAUGACAUCCAGGUGCGCUUUUAUGAAGAUGACGAGACGGGAAUCGUCUGGGAGGCAUUCGGGGAUUUCUCUCCCACCGACGUGCACAGACAGUUCGCCAUCGUCUUCAAGACGCCGAAGUACCGCGACCAGAACCUCCAGAAGCCCAUCUCGGUGUUCGUGCAGCUCAAGAGGAAGUCAGACAGUGAGACGAGCGAGCCCAAACCCUUCACUUAUCACCCACAGAUCAUAGAUAAGGAAGAAGUGCAGAGGAAGAGACAGAAGACACUGCCCAAUUUCCCGGAUUACGGCGGGAGUGGUGUAGGGGGCAUGUAUAGGGGACCAGGAGGUGGGCCUACAUCAGGGGGCAGCCACACUGGAGGAAGUAGUGGAGGAGGGACAGGUGGAGGUCAUUAUUACCAGGGUUAUUAUAACAACUUCAACUCCGGCUACGGCUUUCCGCCAUCCAUGGGUGGAGGAGGAAGCGGCGUUAAACACUGCAAUCACGGUCCAGUGGAAGACACAGACGAAGAGAGCGACAACGAUCUGGACGACGAUCCGGGGACCGGAGGAGUGUGUUACCGGCCUGAAUUCCUGGUGUCCGACGGGAGGAGUGAAGAGAGUAAGGAUCUGGACAAGUCUGGAGUGUGUGACUCAGGCAAUGCAGAUUGUGUGUUUGAGCCGCGGUUAGUCGAGCUAGCACAUAGGCACGCCAGCGCUUUGUUCAACUUUGCCGUAAGUGGUGACCUUCGCAGGCUGCUGGUUCCACAACGCCCUCUGAUGGCUGCACAGGACGAAAACGGAGACACUGGGCUGCACCUGAGCGUGAUCCACAGUCAGACGGAUGCAGUGAAGAACCUAGCAGAGGUGAUGGCGGCGAUCCCCGGGGAGGACGUGGUGAACAUGAGGAAUGAUCUGUAUCAGACUCCACUGCACCUGGCUGUAUUGACCGAACAGAAGGAAGCAGCCCAGGCGUUAAUGGAGGCGGGAAGUGACCUCGCUCUGACUGAUCGCCAUGGCAACACGGCACUCCACUUGGCCGCCCAGCAGAAGGACGGAGAGAUGAUGCGGGUGCUCCUGAAACAUCAAGCGGCGCUGGAGUUAAGCAGCAUGCACAACACAGCAGGUCUGUGUCCUCUUCAUAUCGCCAUCUUGACUAACAGCCUGAGCAGCGUGAGGGCUCUUCUGGAGGCAGGGGCUAACGUGGAGGUUCAGGAACGUACAUGCGGUCGAACGCCACUUCACCUCGCUACUGAGCUUGACAACGUCUCGCUCGCCGGAUGCCUCCUGCUAGAGGGUGAUGCUGAAGUGGACAGUCUGACGUAUAACGGGUCCACGGCGCUUCACAUCGCAGCAGGACGGGGCUCUCUCAAACUGAGCGCGCUCCUCAUCGCCGCAGGCGCAGAUCCUCAUAAAGAGAAUUUCGAGCCGCUGUUCUUCAGAGACGAGGAGUGCUGCAGGGAAGACCGAGACGAUGUGGACGAGGGCUACAUCCCAGGGACAACCCCACUUGACAUGGCAGCUUCUUCGGAGGUGAGGGAAAUCCUGAAAGGUAAACCGUACCAGCCCAGCACUGUCGUCAUCCCACCACAAGGAGACAUGCAGAGUCUGGGCGCGGAGACGAAGCAGGCGCUGUGCAAAUGUCUGGAGGAGUCUCCGGGUGGCUGGGAGAGUCUGGCACACACACUCAGACUGGGCAUCCUCACCAACGCCUUCCGCCUCAGCCCACGGCCAGCGUGCACACUUCUGGACAGUUACGAGGUGUCAGGCGGGACAGUGUGCGAGCUCUUAGCAGGUCUGAAGAGUAUCGGAAACAGCGGCGCCGUGAGCAUCCUGCAGGAGCGCAUGGCGUGCGAGGAAAACGAUGACGCACACGACGGACAUCUGACCACCGACGGUGGUGUCUCUGCAGGCCUGCAUGUUCUAAAAUUAUCUCCGUCAGACGACAUAGGCGUGUGUGAUAGCGGUGUCGAGACAUCUUUCCAGUAGUCGAACCCCACCGUGAUUGACUCGCUCAUCUCCGUCUGGAGCCAAAGUCCCCAACCUUGAGCUACGAGCUGACAAUCAUCAACGCCCUCGGAUCUGGGACUCACCUUUGGCCUCUGUAAUUGGCUGCUGUUGAGCCACGCCCACACGCAGGACCAUUGCCUAGGCAGCGCUUGGGGUGUUGUGAUGGCGAGGCGCACUUGGUUAAAUAAUUUCACUUGAUUUUUUUUUUUUACAACUACAUAUGGUUUUUCUUUUAUUAAGACAUAAUCCGUGACAAUCGGGUUUGUUUUCUGACAGAUAUUAAAUAUGCCUACGUCAAUGUCCAGAAAAAGUGUACAACUAGCUAUAUACAACCGUGAAACGUUUUUGUGUGGUAUAAUUAGCAAUUGUCAGGAGUUUCAUUAUUCAGGGUUUAUACUUUACUGUUAAUGUUCCUUAUGUUCCUCAGGAAACACUGCACUCCAUUUAGCUCUACCUGCUUCAUGUAGUCAGGUUCAUCCCAAAGUUCUGCAUUUUUUUUUUUUUUUUUUUUUUAAAUCUUGGCCUUUUUUUUUCUCUCUUUUUCUCUUUUUUUUCGGUGGCCCUUGGACCAAUAGGCGUCUUUAGUAAACUGAAGAAAAACAUGAAAGGACGCUUCGCAAGAAAGAAAUUACAGCAGCGGUGUGUGUUGAACUUCAUUAUCUCUUACCAUUUUAUCUAAGCUUUUCAUCUCCUCUUGCAUUGCACAGGAGUUUAUGGGUACUGUCUUGAUUUUUUUUUUUUAUCAUUGUUGUUGAUUGUGGUGCUACAAUUAGAAAUGAGCGUGUUUCUAUUAUUUUUAAGAAUUUUAUAAGCUGCCAUGGUACCAAACUUCCAAAUCUAACAAGGGAAGCCUCACAGUUAUCUUCAAACGCAAUAUUUUAAAGUACACCCAAGACAGUUUUAGUUUAAAGUUUGCCCCUAACUCGCACGUUAGAAAGGCUUAUAGCAUUCCAUAUGCUUUGAUUCAUUCAUCAUUUAGUCCAGGAAAGGCUGGCCGUAAGGUGGGUAGUGCACUGUCGCAGGUUCGCCUGUUUCUGGAAACUCUGAGGAAACCAAAGAAACCCAGACUGACAAGAGGAGAAGAAGCCCUGAGCUGUGAGACAGCAGUGUUAAUCAUCUCCAGUUUACAGUCUUUUGCAAGCCAUGUUGUCCAGAUGACUCUGAUCUGGAUCCCUGUUUACUCCAGCAGAUCUACAUAACAGUCAUCUCCAUUUAGCUGACCUGGAUCAGCUUCUGUGCACAUUCAGUUCAUAAAUCAGAUUCACAGACGAUUCGGAUUCGCAUUCAGCCAAGACAUUUCAGCAGAUUUAUCAUGAAUCCACGUGAAUCUUAUUUGGAUUCACUACUUGUUUCAUGUGAUAUAUGCAGAGCCGGUGUGUGUGAUGCUCUUUACACUGUAAGGUUUUAAAGAAACUAGAGAAAUGUUUACCAGAGAGUUUUCCCCUCAUGUACUUACAAUACAUGUUAGUAUAAUCAUAUAACAGAAACCAAAAAUAACUGUACACAAUCUUGUGUUCAGGUACAAGCUCCUGAAAAUUCGUUUUACUUUACUGCUCCGGAUAACUGGAUAGAUUUAUGAUGUGCAUUUAUUAUUAUUUUUGUAAGUGGUGUUCUCAGUAUCUCAUCAUAUUUGCUGCAGACUACGGUCUUGUUAUAUAGUGAUGAAAACCAAAGCGUUCUUAUUGCUUCGCAGUUAAAAUGUAUUUAUACUUGGCUUUCAAAUGGGUUUUUAUUGAUGUACUUUUAUAAUAAAACUAUUAAUUACA